UGUCUCUUAGAUUUGAUUUCAUUUAUGGAAAAACGAAAGUGCAAAGAGCUCAACCACUCCCUUGCACAGUUCUCCCAUUGCAUACUUUUGGGGAAGUGCAUUCUUAGAGCCGCCAUAUCAGCAGCGGGUUUAGAGGCACCAGGUUGGAGCCAGCACCGUGUCUCCCAGUGGCUGAAGGCAGCGCAGACUCUGAGGACCCUUUGCCUCUGCCAAGUAAGUGCUGCUUUUUUAAUCUGAUUCUCUGUCAGGGAGGAGGGCAGUGGGAUGGCAUGGGAAUGAUAGAUGUGCACAGCAGAGUGACCCCACCCCAAAGCUGGCUGCUCGGGGCUGCGCGUGGCAUGGAGGGCACUCAGCCUUGGUGAUCCUCACCUUGCUGCUCUGCUGACUGCUCUGACCUCACUGCUUUCCUACAGCCCCAUAGACCGGAACCCAAGAACUGCAGCGCAGAGCUCUGCAUACUCAAUGAGUCAAAACCAGGUGGGUGAAGCCUGUCCCUUCUCUCUGGGAGAUAUAGAGAGAUGUUCUCACUUGGGGACUGCUGCUGGCCACUCUGUAGCAUCUUGGCCAGCAGGUAGCAGUGGUGCCAUCUAGAAAUGCUGCGGGACACCCCAAGUCCAUGCAGUGCCAUCACGUGUGCAGUGGGGUUGGAGGGUCCGUGCAGCACUGCAUCACUGAGCUUCCUCUCCCUCCCACAGGGUCCCAGCUACAACUCUUCAAGGUAAGAUGGAGCCUCACGUCUCCUGUGCCCCUUUCCCUGGCCAUGUGGGGGGGUGACUGCUUGCCCCGCAGCUGGGGGUAACCCCAACACAGCCACCACGUGCUCCUUUCUGCUCCCACAGGAUUUUGGCACGGAAAGAAGAGAAGAAUAAAAUCCAGUUGCUGAUCAGUGGGAAUCUCUUCAUCAAGGAGUUCUUGGAAUUGUUGGAUAGGUGGCAGCCAGAUGAAAACAUCAAAAAGCAAUACAUGGAAAAGGUCAGUGCUUCACCACCAACCUGAUGGCCCUUCUGUGGCCUCUGCACUGCUGUGCAUCCCAUCCGAGGUGGGGGAACUCUGGUGGCAUAACUCCCACAGCAGUGGCUCCAUCGUGGGUGCAAGGGUCUGCAGGGAAAGGAGUGGGAGCUCAGGUCUGUGGGCUCCCACUGCUCCCUGCUUGUGCAGAGCUUCUGCGAGGUGUGGAGAAACUGCACGGAGCACAGGAUGCAGAAAGGGACCACGCAAGGCAAUAGGGAGCAGCUCUCGGGGUGGGAGCAGCCAUGGCAGAGGCCAGCGCAGAGGCUCUACUGUGCAUCCAGGGACAGCUCAGCACUGGGUCUCUGCUUGCCAACAGGUGCUGCACGCAGUGUUCUUCUUUGGAAGGAUGAAUCAGAGGCAGAUAGAACCCAACGAAUUCCUACUCUCACAACCUUUCCAGAACCUGAAGGAGAAUUAUCCUCGAUCGUUCCAAGAGUACAACACCCACCUGCCCACCACGUCACCAUACUCCAUCCUCCUGCAGUUUGGCAAGGAAGUAGCAGGCUGCAACACCCAAGAGGAAAUGGAGUCUUUCUUGCAUGAAUUUAAUAGCGCUGUGGAAAUAGCAAUACACCUUCAAGCACACAGAAUGAGCCCCAGUGAGUUCGUCUUCAGAGCCGCAGUUGUCGCUUACAGCUUUUACAGAGAACCCAAAGAACCUGAGAAUAAAGCAAGCUUCCCUAUCUUUUAUGGAGCAUCUGUCUCCUGCAGAGGGAUGAUGGAGAAGAAGAUCAUGAUCAGCAUCCUGUGCCUCAGGACGUGGCACAAGGCGGUGGCGUUUGCAGUGUACCACGGGCAGGAUAACCUGGUCAUUGUCUUCCCUGAUGAAGUGCAGUGCCGAGCCUUCUGCUACAGCAAUGGAGUCUUCAUAGAAAAGCCACCCUGCGUGAACUGCAAGAUGAUGUAUCAUGUCAACUUCCAGCCGUAUGAGGGUGACACCAGGGAAAACGUCCCAUGGCCGCACGGAAACUGCGCUGAGAAUGAGAGCCUGAGCAAGCUGCUGCAAGGCACGACGGGGCUGCAGGAGAAGGUCGUCUCAAAAGACACUUCUGUGAUAAACAAUCCCCCACAGAACAACUACCAGGCCAUUGAGCAAGAAUUUGAAAACAACAUACAACAAAAUCUUAGAAAUCAGCUUAUCAGGCUGCUUCAGAACAAAAAUCUUCCUCAUCGUCUGCAGUUUUUUGAACCAUAG